UUAAGCCUACAUGAAGGGCUUUUACUCAAACACUGCCUGAAUCGCGUACGAAGAUGUUAGAAUUAAAACAGUGCGUCUUUAUUCUUACCAUUUUACUAUCAAUGGAAGUGUCUGGGUAUGUUUUAGACGUUGCCACGGAAAUAGAGAUUGAAGAGCUCGCAAGGAAGACGAUAGAAUGCCGUCAUGUGCCUGGGAUGACGUUAAGUGUUGUUAAAGGAAAUGAUGUGUGGACGCGUGGUUUCGGCAGCGCGGACAUAUCUGCCGGUGUUCCAGUGGACAACUCCACACUAUUUGCCAUUGGCUCCGUAAGCAAGUCAUUCACCAUGGUGCUGCUCGGUAUUCUACUAACGGAGAAAAAACUUGACUGGACCGCCAGGGUUAUCGACAUUCUGGGUCCCGAGUACGGCUUCGUAGACGAGUAUCGCACUAGAGAGAGCACGCUGAAGGACCUCCUCUCACACCGCACUGGUGUUGAUAGUAUUGAUGUGGGCAUUCUAGCAGGUUAUCCGAAAACUGUUUCCAGAGAACAACUAUGCAAGGAUUUGAAAAUGGUUCCAGAGCGUAUGACGUUUAGAGAUACCUUCAUAUACAACAACUACAUGUACAUGUUGCUCGGUCAUGUGGCAGAGAAACUAGGCGGCGACACGUGGGAAAAUCUCGUGACGUCACGAGUCCUUAAACCAAUCGGAAUGACCUCCACGAAAAUGAUGCUGAAUCCUGUAGAUGUGUAUGAGAAGAAGGCUGCCAGACCAUACACUUACAAAGACGGGAUUUUUCAGAACGGGACUAAAGAAAUUUACACUAUUCACCCGCUGGAGCCAGCAGGCGCAAUUUUGUCAAACGGUGUCGAUAUGACCAAGUACAUCCGGUUCAUCACCAACACGGGCAUGACAGACACAGGGGAACAACUACUGGACCCGGAGCUUCUGAAGCUAUCUUUAAGAUCUGUUAUUCCAAUCCCUGACGAUAUGAUAAAGAAAAGGUCUCUCGCACGUCCAGAGUUCCCGGUGUCAGAUCUUCAACUUGGAUACGGACAGGCGUGGUUUGAGGCGUUCUACAGAGGUUACCGACGGAUAUGGCACAGCGGGGGCCUAUUCUCCUACAUUACAUUGCUGUGGAUUUUCCCAGAGCAAAAGAUUGGACUCUUCGCCAGCACGAACGGCCCUGGGCUCUCUGAGUCCCAAAUGGCGGCAAUGAGAACGACAUUUUACCACGUCACCGAUCGUUUGUUGGGACUGGAGCCGUGGAUAAACACCACCACUUCGUGUACAUUUCCCGAACCAUGGCGUACUGCUAACGAUACAGAUUCGUCUACUGUUGAGGACGCGGUGGUGUUAACAAAUGCCAAGAAAUACGAAGGGUUUUACAGCAGUCCAUAUGUGUCUGGGAUCCAUGUUGAAGAGGACGACACCAGUAAUACGAGCAUGCGGUUUAGGAUGGGCAAUAUGGGAGGAGCAUUGUACGCAACUGUGGACAAGGACAGAUUUUUUAUGGAGAUCAGGACACCGUGGGAGUUGAGCGUGAUGUUUAUUGAUCAAAAUAACGUCACGGCUAAGACGAACGUUACGUUUAUAUGGACUGGGGACCACGUUAAUUCGUUACAGGCGCACUUUCCAGUACCGGUUAACUUCACGAGGCGCACACAUGCAGGCGAGACAGCUGCCAAUUCUUGUGAUCCGCUUUAUGGCAGUGUGUGUUUGAUCAGAUUGAUAAAUAUACCGUUGUUGUGCAUUUUCUUAUUGCUUCCUGUAGGUUUCAAUUGAUGGACGACCAUUCGAGGAUUGCUUGCCAGACAUGUCGACAAUAUGUUGCUAACCAAUAAAAACGUUUUUGUCCCCUACCGGUUUUACCGGAGGGAACUUAUGGUUUGCACUUCGACUGUCUGUCCGUCACACUUUUUUGGAUCCUGCGAUAACUUUAAAAGUUCUGAAUAUUUUUUUCACAAAACUUGAAACAUGGAAAGAUGGCAAUAUGGGAAUUAUGCCCGUCAUUUCAUUCUGUUCCUAUGUCACAAAUUCUGGUUGCUAUGGCAACAAAUGCUUAUAAAAUAAUCUGACAAUGGUGGAAUUUCUGACAAUGGUGGUGCCGGUAUUGCUUGGCAAUAGUCUUGUUUUAUAUCUUUUAAUUUUUCGAGACGUUUUAAUCGUUCCAUUCAAGUAUAUUUAUGCUUUUGUUCAAUCAUUAACCCAUUUAUGCAUAGUGGACUCUCACAUCAAUCAAAAUUGGAUCAAUUUAUCUCCAAAAUUUGGGAUGUGUGGUUUAUUUAUUUCUAUAUUCCUUUAAGCAAACAGCGCAGACCCUGAUGAGACGCCGCAUCAUGCUGCGUCCCAUCUGGGUCUACGAUGCUUGCCAAGGCAUUUUUCUAUGCAUAGGUAGCUAGGCAUAAAUGGGUUAAUGCUUUCUAAUGGAACAUCGAUGGUGCACUUGGAAAAAAUAAUAAACGUGGUCCAUAAUUGUAUUACAGAUGGUUGAACCGUUCAAUAUUGUUAUUGGAAGUACAUAUCAGAUCUGUAUAGCAACCGAUUCAUUGAGAAUGGUGGAUAACUCUCUAAAUAUAAAAUUGCUGUACAAAUAAAGCAUAAUUUGUUCCUUAACGUUGGUAGAUAUUGUAGUUGACAAAAUUAGUUUCGAAAAUAACGUUUUUAAAGAUGUUUGUAAUCAGUUUUCGUGAACAAGUGGCUUAAAGGGUCCUUUUCACAGAUUGUGGCAUGUAUUGACGUUUGCCAUAAAUUGCUUUAUAUUGAUACAUGUAAACUAUGGAUCUAAAAAGCUCCAGCAAAAAAAAAACACAACAACAACAAGAAAACAAUUAAAAAUAGAAAAAAGUAUCCCGCAACUGGGCUCGAACCACUGACCCCUCGAGUCCUAGAGUAAAAGUUCACCACUUAGACCAAUCGGCCAUGCGUGCUCACACAAUGACGGGUGUAUUUUAUACUUUAUAUAAACAAUCCUCGUAGUAUCGCAAAAUGUUACAACAAUAGAACUCUCCGAAUUAUACAAUCGUUUCACGUUGCAACGCUUGAUAAUUUUCAGGUUUUUAAAUCAUCAAAAGAUGCAUAUAAUGGGUAUUUUAGAGCAUAGUAAAUGUUCAGUAUUACUUUUUCCUCACAAAUAUCAUAACUAAAAUGACAAUUUUUUAAUAUGAACCAACUUUUUGUAAUUUUGUCAAUUUACCAAAUCGUGAAAAGGGGGCCUUUAACGAGUUGUUCACUAUAAUCAGUUUUAUUGAACAAGUGGCUUUACUUAUUUCCUAUAGUCUCGCUUUAUUAUCUUGACACUUAAGCAGUUUUCGUUCCGCCCAAAUUAUGCCAAUAUAAGUUCAUGCAGUUGAAAAAUAUUAUGAAGUGCUCAAAUAAUCAGACUGUGACACAUUGACCUAAUUAUAAUGUGUUUUUUAACGAUGUUAAUUUAAAAUAAUAUCUUUGUUUAACAAAAUACGCUGCCGGGUGAUCGACUUGAAAUUCUUGACAGUUGACAUGAGCGGGAAAAGCAGUACACGUGAUAUAGAAAAUAUUGACCCAAAGAGUGUAUAAGUAGCCCCAGUACGCAUUUGGAUUUUCGUGGUAAAAGACUCUCAAUGAUAGUGCUGGUCGUUCCAAAUAUGUUGUCGUUAAUUAGUUUUAUUUAAAAGCUAAUGGGUUGUAAAGUUUGUUGUAGGAAAAGGCUGCGAAAAUAUUCGCAAGUAUUUUUAACGGGUACUGUAAAUGUUUAGUAGUUCAUGUAUUUGCAAAUAAACAAAAGAAAAGGAUA